UCGGCAGAGACCGAUAUACCAUGUUUUAUGGGGAGCUGUUCGACGCCUUCUGUGACCUUUUUAUCGGGUGCUGCAAGAAGUAUGCCGUCUGCUGGAUCAUCCUGGUGGUGGCCGCCGUGGGCGUGACCUUGGGCCUGGUCUUCGGACUGCGGGGCAAGGCGGAGGAGCCGCGUCGCAUGGGCGCCGUGGCCUCCAACGGGGUGGGCUGUGCCGAGGUGGGUGGCACCAUGCUAGACAUCGGCGGAUCUGCGGCGGAUGCCGCAAUAGCCACUAUGCUCUGCGAGGGCGUCAUGCUGCCACACAGCUUGGGCGUGGGCGGUGGUUUUGUGGCCACCAUUUACUCCAAGGAGACGGCCUUUGUGGAGACCCUGAUUGCCCGGGAAACCGCUCCGGCCGCCGCCACACAGGACAUGUUCGUGGACAAGGACAUCACGGGCGCCUUGUCCGUCGCCGUGCCCAGCGAAAUUUAUGGCUACUCCAAGCUGCACCACAAGUACGGCCGGCUGCCCUGGAAGACCCUCUUCCAGCCUACCAUCGAUCUCUGCCGCCACGGCAUCCUGGUCUCCAGAUAUCUGGCGGGAGUCCUCCAGCGCGAGGAGCAGCGCAUCAGGAGCGAGCCCUCUAUGGCCGAGAUCUUCAUAAAUCCGAAAACGGAUGCGGUCUACAAGCAGGGCGAAAUCAUGUACCGGCACACUUUGGCCGAAACCCUGGAAAUCAUCGCCGAUGAGGGUGCUCAGGUCAUCUAUGGCGGCGGCAGGGUGGGCAGGAAACUGGUCGAGGACAUCCAGGCAAUGGGCGGCAUCAUUACCGAGGAGGAUCUGCAGAAAUACGAUGUUCGCUGGGAGCUGCCGCUGGUCGCCCGCUUCAAUGGUGGUUACAAGCUGUUCACCUCGCCACUGCCCACCAGUGGAGCCGUGCUAACCUUCAUCCUGAACGUGAUGGAGCCGCUGUACACGAGCAAUACGGACAAGUACUGGCAGCGACUGAUCGAAACCUUCAAGCACGCCUACGGCCAUCGCACCAAUUUGGGCGACAUUCACUUCGAGGCGAAUGUGCAGGAGGUCUACGAGAACCUCAUCGAUCCGGCCUUCGCGGCGGAGAUCCGUGAGCUGAUCCUGGACGACCGGACGUUCCAGGAUUAUGCCUACUAUGGGGCCAACUUUGCCAACGAAGAGGAUCACGGAACAGCGCACAUUUCCGUUCUGGCGCCGAACGGGGAUGCCAUUUCGGUGACGAGCACAAUCAACAGUCAUUUGGGGGCCAAGGUGCGAUCCCGCCAGACAGGUUUCAUCCUGAACGACGAGAUGGAUGACUUCAGUACGCCCGGUAAGAUAAAUACCUAUGGCAUUCCCGCCAGUCCGGCGAACUUCAUCAAGCCGGGCAAACGGCCCAUGUCAUCCACUUGUCCCAGCAUCGUUUUGGAUGCCCAUGAUAAUGUCAAGCUGAUUGUGGGUGGAGCUGGGGGCUCCAAGAUCACCACCUCGGUGGCGCAGACCAUUCUACGGUACUUUAUGCUCCACGAGCCCAUUGAGAAGGCGGUGAAUUCCGGCCGGUUGCAUCACCAACUGGCGCCCAUGCAAAUCGACAUGGAACCGGAUGUGCCACGGCAUACGGUUGCCUAUCUGCAUGCCAUCGGUCACAGCAUCAAUUUCCUGGAGGACGACAAGGCCUACUCCGCCCAGACGGCCAUCGGGAUGAUGGGCAGCGAACCGCAUCCCGUCUGCGAUCGGAGAAGAGUGGGAAGCGCUGUGGUCGUGGAGCCAGAUCGAUUGGAUUAGAUACGGCGCCGGGGUGCUCAUCUCAUCCAAGCCCUGGAAACCCACGACUUGGGAAACUUUUUUGUGGAGCCUUUUGUUCGAUUAUAAGCCACUGAAGUUCGUUCUAUACUAUAUGAAUUCAUUAGUAAAUCGUUUGUGUUUUAAAUCAUUAAAAUGUAUUAUUUAAAGAAA